AUGGCCGAUGAAGAAUAUGACGGAGAUGACGCCGGAGGAGAUUAUGAUGACAUGGUAGAAGAAGAUAAUAACAUAGAAGAAACCGAAGAACAGGAGGAAGAUGGUUAUAAUGUACAAUGUCUUGCCCCUGGUCAAGCUGGUGGCGGCGUCGAGAAAUCUAAAAGGAUUACCACCAGAUACAUGACAAAAUAUGAACGAGCUAGAGUAUUAGGUACCAGAGCCCUCCAAAUCGCUAUGUGUGCUCCUGUUAUGGUGGAAUUAGAAGGGGAAACAGACCCUCUACAAAUAGCAAUGAAAGAACUGAAACAACGGAAAAUACCAAUUGUUAUUCGAAGAUACCUUCCUGACCAUUCCUACGAAGAUUGGAGUAUAGAUGAACUAAUUAUAAUAGAUCAUUAA